AUGACGAACAGCAAAAUUUACAUAACUCUACCACGAUUAUUUGCCGAUGGAGCAUUUGUUGAGUUACCAGUUGAUAAUUCAACUAUUGCUUUCGAAGAUUCUAAUCCCACUGCUUCACUAUCAACUCCAAUUGCUUAUUGUCUGCCCGGCAUCGGAGAUUUUCGUCAUAGCUAUCGAUUCCUAGCACCAAUUCUUCAACACGCAGGAUUUCGAGUCAUCGCUCAAGAUCUUCGUGGUUUUGGUGAUAGUAGCACAACUUUUAAUAAUUACACGAUUGAAUCAAUUGCACUUGACGUUAUCACUGUUCUUGAUUCGCUGCAUAUUACACAGCCUGUAGUCUUAUUCGCCAAUUCGCUGGCAGCUGCAUGUGGCGUCACGCUUGCUGCAGAGCAUCCACAUCGCAUAGCUGCAAUUAUAUCUCUUGGUGGAUUUUUUCGGGAUAUGCCAAAGGACAAAUAUUUUCGACCACUCACCUAUCUUCUAUUCAAUCGGUUAUGGGGUCAACCAGUAUGGAUAGCUGCCUACAAGGGCUUUUUUGCUCAACCACCAUCGGAUCUACCAACUUAUACUGCCGCUAUUAAACACAAAAUGUUAUCUAACUGUGCACACGCAGGUAUUAUUGGCCAAAUGAUUAGAGCAACGAAAGAACAUGCUUGGGCUAAAAUCAAUGCUGUUAAAACUCCUGUACUUUUAAUAAUGGGAAGUAGAGAUCCCGAUUUCGAAAGUCCGGUACAAGAAACAGAUUUUGUUGCAUCACAAAUGAGUUGCAGUCAAUUAGUGGUAAAAUCAAUGGUGGACGGAGCAGGACACUAUCCUCAUGUGGAAUUCACAGAAGAAGUGGCACGAGUGACUAUGGACUUUUUGCGUAAAGCUAGUAUUUUGCCAAAUUAA